GACUUGGAACCUCGCGAGGAUGCGGGACCGGCUCUCGUGGUACAUGGUCUUCUUGAUUCUGCCGACAAUCCUCUUGGCCAGAUCGCUCGAUAAAGAUCGGCGCGUGCCCUACGCGAACAUCCCAUCGGAUUGGAGGGCCCUUUGGUUCAGCAAUCUCGACGAGCUACAGAGAGUGAACGACGCGAAUGACAACAACACCGUUUCCAACGUUACGGUGCAAUUGGGCGGCACCGCUUUCCUGCACUGCAAAGUUCGCAAUUUGGCAGAGAGAACCGUUUCCGAUGCCGAGAUAUCGUGGAUCAGACGACGUGAUUUCCACGUCUUAACAAGCUCCCUGUUCACAUAUACGAACGACGAGCGAUUUCAAGUACUGCAUCCCGAGGGCUCGGACGAUUGGACUCUUCAAAUAAAAUAUGUCCAAGAAAGAGACAACGGGACGUACGAGUGUCAGGUCUCGAGAAGUGCAGGGAUACUGUCACACUUCGUCAAUCUAAAUAUAGUAAUACCUGAGGCGUUUAUAUUAGGAAGUGACGAGCAUCACGUCGACGUAGGGUCUAUCAUAAAUCUCGUGUGCAUAAUAGAGAAGAGCCCGACGCCGCCGCAAUACGUGUUCUGGUAUCACAAUAACCGGAUGAUAAACUACGACACCACGCGCGGCAGCGUGACCGUACAAACCGAUCCAGGACCAACUCAGAGUCGGUUGACGAUUCGCCAGGCAGUGGAGACGGACACGGGCAAUUACACGUGCAGCGCCUCCAACACCAAGCCGGCAUCGAUCUUCGUCUUCGUCACCGAAGGUGACAAGAUGGCAGCGAUACAGCGCCGCAAGACGUCGGCAGCGAAGAGGAAUCUGGCGGGCGUGCUGGUACCGGCGAUACUCGUCGUAGCGGGCGUCGUUUUAGCGCGAUAAGCGUUUCACUUCGAAAUGUCCAUAACUAUUACGUCAUUACUUCCGUUUGUGAUAGAUAGGAUAUUACCCUCCCCCCGGGACUUUACGGUCCACCCGCCCACCCGUCCUCCUUUUUCACCUCCCCCACUCUCUUCCUCUCCCAUCCGUUCCUCGCGGGUUUUCUUUCCCCCUCAUCCACAUUCCCGCGUCUUCCGCGUUCCACCUUCCGACUCCCUUCACCCUCGUUCCCCUUAUUCCUUAUUUACUUUAGUCGAGGUUGCCGCCGGCUGGACUACUUAGAUAUGCGAGAUUUUCGUGGAAGAUUGCGCGAUUGCCUGCUCCAAGUCAUUACGCGCGACGCGCAUGCGACUCGAAUUAUGUAAAUACUGCCCGGGUCGAAUACGCCACGACGAGGCGGAUUACGUUAGGCCAGGCCUGUCCAACUUCCGGGUACCGCUGAUCAUCCCUUCUCGACAUACCAGAUUUCAAGCCAAUCGGAUGGAAAACUCAGUACAAACGAAUCGAUUAUGUUGCUAAUAAGGUGAAACCAUAUUUCUUAAAAAGUGUAAUGAUCGAUGAGACGGAUUAAAACAGACCUAUUGCACACACAUGCAUAAUAUGCAUAAAUACGCUUGAUAUAAAUUUGUGUAUUGUAUGUAGUUCCUAUAAAUAUGACUUUUUAUUUAAGAAUAAUGCUUACAUUAUUUGCAUUCAAAAAUUUGAUUAUAUAGCUCAUUUUUAUAAUUUUAAUUUUUGUUUUCAAAAUGACGAAUCAAAAUCAACAGGUAGUAAUCAACUGAUAUACCUUGGAAAUAUAUUCUGUUUAAAAUGAUUUUAAACAGAGAGCUAAAUUAACAUGAAAUUACACAUUUCAGUUUUGCACCAAUUUCUCUAUAAUUUCGUGAAUUGAUAGCAUUUGCUCGCAAAGUGUUUAUCUCGUUAAUAAUUUCACAGACACUUUGAAUCAAUCUAAAAACCGAUAUGACCUCUUACUAUUUAAAUCUGCUUGAAUAUCGCGUUCCCGAAGUCUGGAAAAAUUUCUCUCGGGUAUACAGAUAUUCGCAGAGAGAAAUGAAAAGAGAGAAGAAUACACUUGGAAGUACUAGUCAAAACGCGAAAAUUUACCUCGGCGUUUGAACGCGAAUGCGAAACGUGCGUCUCUGCCACAAUCUUACGUUUUUCGUUUUUAUAAAAAUUGUUAUGAAAAAUUGUUCGCUUUACAAGCGGGCAUAAGUCUACCACGGAGAAGUCGCCCGCUCUUGUGCGACAUCGUGACGGCGUUGCGAGAUGGAGAUCGCACCGUCGCGUCGCACGAAAACACGUUUAUUGCACGACACGACGUUGCAAGAGUUUAUUGCACGCGAAAUAAACGCGGACAAAGCGCGUACGUACGAGAUCGCAAUUCCCGAAUGGUGAAUCGGGCGUCGCGGCACCGUCAUUAAAGACCAUCAUUAAGGCGUCUUGCGGCCGUGUAGUUACAGUUUAUACUACUGAAU